AUGAGGGCCAACAACAUAGCCAAACUUUCUGCGCUCCUGUCCAUUGCGACUGUCCAUGCCCAAGUUGUUUCCGCAAAUAACUGCACCGUCUUCUCGUGGGAUCAACAACCCGCCUACUACGUGUACGGCCCACCAGAACGCAUCUCGGGAGCCUCAACAUGCGCCCCACGGAACAAUGAGUCUCAUUACUGCGCUCUAAACGCCGACGGAGACAUCCAAGUGCAAUACAGCAAAAACGUCACGAGCCUCCGCGACAGCUGCUGGAACACGCCGGACGGCCCAGCCUGCUUCCUCGAAUCCAUCGUCAAGACAGCCGUCAAUGCAUCGCUGAACGGCGAGCCCUGGAACAACAGCGUCAUUGCCUCUGUCAAUACUUGGGAGGCUAUCGAGCCCGGUACAUCCGCGUACCUGAACUUCACGACGCUGAAACGGUGUUUUGUGGGCACCAUGUCAAACUGUACUGGGAAUCUGACGGAUGGGGUGGUGCUGGAGGCGUGUGCUCCUGUUUAUCAUACUACGGGCACGAAUCCGAGAGCAAUUAUGGAUGGGGAGGUUAUUGUGGUUAAUGUUUCGGAAGCGGAUGUGGGGAACUUCAGAGAUCCGUUUGAGAAACAGUUUUCUGGAGAGGGUGGUGGCGCAGCUGGAAACUUUGUGGUGGGUGGGAAUGUGUUGGCGGUCGCGGUCGCUGUGACUUUUGCGACCGCUUUGCUGUAA